UGUGUUAAUAAAUACAUUUAAUAAGGGGCACAAAUAAUAAAGACAAAACAUUAACUAAUAAUCACUGCAUGACAGGACAAAGCAGCUAACACGAAAGGCUAAAAGCUGAAUAAACAAACAGAAAUUACACAAACCCAAAGACAACAAAAAGAUAAAUCUUACAUAAGGACUGCACACACAGGUGACAACAACAAUACAACAUCACAAACAAAGCACAGACAAACCUUCGUCAAACUCAUCGUCUUCAUGAGUAUCGUGUGUUUGCUGCCACAACAAAAACUUCCGUUUAUUUCAACACGACCUUCGACUGAUGCUGGUUCGACUUUCACUCUCUGAACCAACAUGUGGAGCAGCAGGAAAACGGUUCUGGUGGUGGUUCGAUCCAGUUUCAGUGAAUUUAGGACAGAAAUGAUCAGAGUAGCGCUGCUCCGGACGCGAAGUAGCUGAGUUCUGAAGGCUCCAUAGACGGAACGCAGCCACCGACCGAGCUCCACACGAUCUGGACAUGAAGACACACGUGUCCGCUGUCGGCUCCCUUCACUGUCCGCCUUCAGCGCUUCUCUCUCGGUGACUUUUAGCGGUUUAAUCGGUACAGAGAAAACACAAGUGUCCCGAUGUCACAGCGCCCAGAUGAGCUCGGGCCGACUGAGUCUCCACGGUUCUCAUGUUGUGUUUAUGGGCCGCCUCCUGAUCGGGAUUCUUUACACUCUGACUCUAGUAUCGUGAGGAGGAAGCUACUUUGACAAAAUGGCAGAAGAAGCUCCAGCUCCAGCACCGGCCAAAGCCGCAAAAAAGAAGGCCACCAAGCCCAAGAAGAGCGGCCCCAGCGUGGGCGAGCUGAUCGUUAAAGCCGUAUCCGAGUCCAAGGAGCGGACCGGCGUGUCCAUUGUCGCCCUGAAGAAGGCUCUGGCUGCCGGAGGCUACGACGUAGAGAAGAACAAUUCUCGGGUCAAGAUCGCUAUCAAGAACCUAGUCAGUAAAGAAAUCCUGAUCCAGACCAAGGGAACCGGCGCGUCCGGCUCCUUCAAGAUCAACAAGAAGACCGACACCAAGCCCAAGAAGACAGCGGCCAAGAAGCCUGCUCCCGCAGCCAAGAAGCCCGCAGCCAAGAAACCCGCAGCCGCUAAGAAGCCCAAAGCAGCGGCAGCAAAGAAGCCGGCGGCCGCUAAGAAGUCCCCGAAGAAGGCGAAGAAGCCCGCAGCGGCCAAGAAGGCGGCCAAGAGCCCGAAGAAGACGGCAAAGAGCCCGAAGAAGACGGCAAAGAGCCCCAAGAAGGCAGCAAAAAGCCCCAAGAAGGUGGUGAAGAAGGCCGCUGCUGCCAAGAAGGCUCCGGCCAAGAAGGCAGCGAAGCCCAAAGCCAAGAAGACCGCGGCCAAGAAGAAGUGAGCGGCUCGGUCCACAACGGUUCUGACACAAAGGCUCUUUUCAGAGCCAACACUUCGACUGGAGAGCAAAUCCUGUUCAACAGCGGGAAGACGCAGUAAAGCAGAGUGUGUUGUGACUUUUACUUUUACUGCAUUAAGUUUCACAACAUACAAGAACAUCCAUCAACACAAUAUCCAAAAAUGGAAAUUCACAAUAAUAACAAUAAAAGCAAAGGAAGCAGCAACACCGUCAUAAUUACUGGCCUACUACACACUUUAACUAUAUUGAGGGGAUUUUUUUCUGUCUUCUCCCUAUCUCUCUCUGUAUUUGCACUGUGUAAUGAUGUUUUAGUACCGUGUUACUUAUUUUCUAAAGUAGCGAUGAGUUCCAGAUGUUCUGGUGACCAUUUCUCUUCCAGUGUUUCAUACAUUAUGAACGUGAUGAUGACGAUCCACAGUAAAUUUCUUAUA